GUGGUGAUUUCAUAAAAACAGAACUUUAUUACAUAACCAUGCAAAACUUGAACUUAUAUAUUUUCUUUAAAAAAAUCUCCAUUACAAUUAGCCUUUGAGCAGGCUACAGCCGGCUACAAGUCCUAUAUACAACCACUCAGUGACGCAGAACAUUUGAAUAAUUUCGCGAAGCUUUCUGUAAAUGUUAAACACCACCUGUGCAAGAAGCCGAAAGCAAGUGGCAUGCCUGACGUACGACAAUCUACGCAGGCUAUGACAUAUAAUAUUUCAUUAAACAUCGCUCAACAAGUUUUUGUUGUGAUGAAACUCGCUUCAUUUCCUUGGUGAAAUUUGACCCGAGCUAACCUGGCUUCCCCUCUGUCGCACGUAAUAAAUUGUGGUUUUGACGUCGUCGUUUAUAACUUCGGUGCCUGGGUACAACACAUUACAACUGGGUUUGGCAAAGUUUCAAACUAUAUGGACAUUAAACCUACAUUUCUGGACGAACUUGGACCGUUUCUACUAACACAGCGAUUCAUCUAAGCUAAGGUAAGCGAUAACAGAAUUAAAAUUCAAUGUUCAUAUGUAUGAAUGGAUGCGUUGUAGAACAUUGUAGGCCAACACGCAUGUCGUCAUAUUGAUCUGGCGAUAGCUGGCUAAAUUUAAGCAGUUUAAAAGGGCAUAUGGCUAUACGAUAUGGCAAUUUAUUGAAUGCCUCUAUACCCUCUACAAAUGUGCAUCUUUCUGUUGUAACUUUCAGCGCGGGAGUAUGUAUAUACCUGUGAUAUUCUUGCUCAAUUUUCGAGUAUUUUUGCGCAAAUAUUUCACAAUUGACGCGUCCACGAAUUACACAAGCCAUGUCAGAGCCAUGUGACCAACAUUGCGUGCCUUGGUGUUUGUCGUUUUGUGCAUCAUAAACUUGUUUAAAUUUAACAUGUGUAUACGCCAUAUUUUGGUAUAUUUGGCAUAUUUUGGUAUAUUGUAGUUGGUAUUCUACUAUUCUUGACUUUUAUAUAUAGCUUAGGUUCAAUAGAUUAUAUUUUUUUUGCAGUAUACUAUAUUUGUUGUACUGUAGAGAAUUUAAGGAAAUAGACGUACCGGCAAAUGCGCGGAUAUGCCUGUUGCAAUAUUUUCAUGUGAUCACUAUAAAAACAAAAUGGAACAAAAGUAACCAAGCAUUUACAUCUUAUAACAAACAAACUUUAUUCAAACAGAUUAUACUAUAGUACAAAAUUUGUUAGGACAUCGAAGCAAUAGUACCAAUACUUGGCAACCAAAGUCUUCACGGAUAAUUUUAUCGUAUCAUGGUAUGGAACAUUGCUAUAUCGACCAGUUUCAAUAGGUAAUCUAUGAGCUGAAAUUCUAAGCUUUGUAUAAAAGCUUGACGAUGUUUAACAUUGCUAAUUUCAGAAAUAUAUUUUUCAAAUUCAAAUUUAUUUUAAAUUUUUUGAAUGAUUUGAACUGACUUGAUGAUUUUGAAUUGUUUGGACUCCUUGAUGCACGCGAGGCCGAGGGUAUAUAUAGCGUGACAAUAUUAAGUUCAUGAGGUUUGUCAGGUUUUAUAUAUGGGAAGCAAUCUAAAUAUGGUUGAUAAUAUAUAAUGACAAGAAUAUUAAAAUCAAUUCAAUUGUCUGUUCCAAAAGUAAAGUUCAACAAGAUAACUGUCGACAGAACUUUGUAUUUUUUUUUGUGUGCAUCCAAUAAUUCGUGUCAUUCCCUUAGGCUGUUUCAAGUCACGUCUAUUAAUGUAUGGGCGUAUUUUAAUGCACGCAAUAACGAAUCGUGCAUUGCAGUCCGAAUUUGAGUAUGGCCGUACAAAAGGGUUUGAAAAUAUCGAGUUGCGACGAGACAAAAUAUACGAUGCUAUUUAUUGGCUAUCAUGAUAUAUAUCAAAAUGAUAUAUUAUCGAUAAUAUGUAGCCUAUAUGUGAUAACAUACUAUAAUGAUGUACUAAUCUUGUCAUCUAAAUAAAAAGUUUGUUUUAUGUUUGCUACGCGAAGACAGCUCGCUGCACCGAAAGCUAAGAUUUUUGGCUGUUUCUCCGUGAAGCUGUACGUGAAUUAGGCUAAAGCACAUGUAUCCUGCUCCGAGCUUUUCCUGCAUGCUCAAUUUCGUAAAAGAGAUUACAUCUCUAAUCAACUAAUGCUUGUUUAAAGGUGCGGUGAAAUCAUCAUUGAGUAUAUUAAACUUUGAGGAAGCUGCUAUAACUGCCCGACGAAGUCGAAGGGCCUUCGCACGAAACGUCGACGUUUUCAAUCCUCAACUUUCUGGUGUUAUUAAAUUGUCACUAUACCUACGCUCACACUGCAGACCGCUCGAGUUUACUUUAUAUUUUGUUGACUGUUUGGAGGGCUUUAUGCAAAUUGCCAUAUAAUUUAACUCACUCACAUAUAAAUAUUUUUGAUACCAUUGUGGUUUUGUUAAAUUCUAAACCAUGGAACAUUAUCAGAACAGUGGCAACGAGUUAUCCAAAGUUGUGAACAGACCUACAAACCACACAAGUUAUGACAAACCAAAAAUUACGGGAACCACUGAGUAUUUUAAUAAAAUAUAAAACAACGGUAACUCCGAAAAUAUAUAAACAUUUUAAUAUUCUAGCUUUCGACUAAGAUUCAGUCAUCAUCAGGAAUUCCUGAUGAUGACUGAAUCUUAGUCGAAAGCCAGAAUAUUAAAAUGUUGAAUCUUAGUCGAAAGCUAGAAUAUUAAAAUGUUUAUUUUCGGAGUUACCGUUGUUUUAUAUUUUAUACAAACCACACAUAUAUAUAUAUAUAUAUAUAUAUAUAUAUAUAUAUAUAUAUAUAUAUAUAUAUAUAUAUAUAUAUAUAUAUAUAUAUAUAUAUAUAUAUAUAUAUAUAUAUAUACAUAUAUAUAUACCAGCUGUAAGUGUAACUUUCCGAAAACAUCCUGCAUGAACCAUUCGAUCUGCUUGCAAUAUUAAACCGAUAGUAACUGGGCUUGUGAGUUUUUCCGAAAAUUUAAAUUGGUUACUUUCGUUUCACCCUAUACUCACAUUAUAACUGGGCGGUAACCGGCAUAUAAACCAUGUGUAAGCCGAUUAGUGACCGCAUAUGGCUCAUGCAUGUUUUUGGAACAUUGCCCGGCAUUGGUUUGCCAUCUGUAUGAUCAAUAUAUUUUCUUAAUAUUUUUACAUUGCAUGUAUUCGAAAACUAGAUACCACAAUUUCACAUUAUUCUAUAUAUUUUAUGCAUUAUCAGACUAAUGGCAAAGUAUAUACCAUGGCAAGAAAAUUAUGGCCCUUUGAAAUGUGAAUGCAUGGAAUAGCACCAAAACGAGACUAUAGUCUAUAGGCUAUAGUUGCCAAGUCUAGCAUAAACGUCGUUUUUUUAACGUUUAAUUUCUCAAAGAGAACACAUAGUAUUAUAUUUAUACUUUAUAAAACUGUCUGUAAUUUUAUUAUCUUGGUUGAAAUUAAUUUCGGAAGAAGAAAGAAUGACAACUAUUUUUCGAACCGAUCUGUAUAGUUUAGCUAUCUCCAAAAUUUGUCAAAUUUAUGUAGUGAAAAAAUUAAAAGUUUUGCUAUAUAGACAUGCUAUAUUAUAUACACUGUAUGUCGUUUCCUAUAAGGGUUGCGCGCGUGGGAGUUUUUGAGCUAACAGCAAGUUAGAGCCAGCUGUUUUAACUUGAGUACCUCACGUAGAAAGUCCGAUUCUUACUGGUUAAUAUAUAACAUGUAUGCAAUAGAUGGCUUUCACCUGUUGGGUGUAAAAUGUGAACUUUGAACGCAAUUUGCAAAGGGCGAUCAAUGUGAGGGCAUAUACAACGUCUUUCAUAUACGUGGAACAUAUUUAUGAUGCCUUGAAGUAUGUGAAUAAAAGUUUCAUCAGUCUGUAGGUAAGGGUAGAUUUUUUCCAAUACAUCAUUAUCCAUUCGAUUUUACAUACUGGAUUUUACAUCCGUCAAGACGUAGCUAUUAUCUACAGAUCAAUAUUAGAAACAACAACAGCAAUACGAAUAUACCGGUACCAAGUUGUAGCUAUAUAUACGCGAUUUGUUCUAGAUAUUUUGGCACUUUCUCAAUGUAUGCAGUAUGGACAUGCCAACCUAUACACUAUAAACUCCAACGUUAACGCUGCAUAUUAAUUUAUAGUACAUUUCGGUUGCGCAUACACUGGUCCAUAUGUUAUAUAUCGAGAAAGUGCCGAUAAUUUUUAUUUAAUAGUUCGCCCCAGACAAAUGACUCGUUUGUCUACAUUUUUUGUACACGCAUAUAGGCAAAUUAUGUGAAUGAUUUCACAAUUUAUCUAUAGUUUUCAAACCCAAAUUCGUCCAGACAGCUCAUUUGUCUCAAGUAGCGUAAAAUAGGCAAUCUUCAAAGCCGUUGGGAAUGCUGUUUUCAUUAUACGCAAAUACUGUUAUGUCUAUAUAUGAAUUGGAAUUGUCAGCUUCAGCAUUAUCACUUGCAGAGGAUGACGCAAUUAGAUAUUUUUUGCGUCACUUUGCGCAUGAUACAAGACUGAUUAUGUAUAGACCAAUAUUCCACUAAAAUAAUUAUUACGUCUUGUCACGAUGUGACUAACCUGCGCCUACGAUGUGACGCAAAGCAUAUACUCUGUCGAAUCGGCCGUUGUAUCUGCCUUUACAAGUGAAGAAUAUUUGAAGCUGAGAAUUUCAAUUCAUGUUAUAGACAUAACAGUUUCUGUAUAUAUAAUGAAAACAACAUUCCCAAAUCCGAAUUAACAUCUUGUUAACUCAAAUUGGACAGCUUGUCAUGUUGUGGUUUUGAAACAUGAGUUUGUGUAGGUUUACAGUAGGAAUUUUGCAUGGGUAAAUGCUAUGUUUCGAAGGAUUUGUAAGAAAUGUUUGAGUAAACUGACUUAAAUGUUAAACACUGAGUCAGUUUCCUCAAACAUUUCUCAGUACAAAUCCUUCAAAACUUAGAAUUUACCGAUGCAAAAUUCCUACUUUCAUCACAGAAACUUUGAUAGUGUAAAACCAGGCUUAAUUAAACUUAAGUCAGAGGCAUUUUACUAUGAUAAAACUAUAAUAUAUUCAAAGCAAAACAGUGAGCAUGGCCCACGGUUUCGCUGUACUGAUAUUUCUAUUAACUGAUUCCUUUGCCUUGUUAGGAGGAAUAUAGUCACGAGAAUCAGGGCAUUUUUAAACUAUAUAACUACUGGGGCAUUUGCCCCAGUAGGCUCUUUGCUUGCCCCAGUAGUGAAGCAAUAUUUUCAGAUGAGCUGGGCCCUUUUGAUCAUCAGUAAAAAGUCAUCCUUGUUGAAAAAGCUGCACCUGCCUGCUUUCUCAUAUCCUCUCACAUUCUCGAUAUUUCAUUUUAUAAAAGUCAGGACAGCAUGGUCUUUACGUACGCGUAACUGUGUGAGGAAAAAGGCCGUCAUUGAGACUUAUAGCCCCAGUAGUUGCAAUUUCUUAAAAAAUGCCCUGAAGUCGAGAAAUAAAACUCAACGCUACGACGCCUACGUUGUCAAUACAAAGUUGACUCGAUCAAGCGCGGGUCGAAUAUUUAGCGAACCGGACUGCCGUUCUAUACCGAUUGGAGAGAGCACAAGUUUAAAUUUAAACAUUAUACUUAGGAUGGGAACAAUGUUUCAACUCUAUUUCAGAGCCAUCAUCAAGGAAACAUGAUACAAUAUAAUGAAACGUCGCCGGAGCAAAACAUGGACCCGCGAUAACAAUUUCUUUAUACGAAUACUUUUUAAAUGAUAUGGUUCUGCCGGGUUAAUUAAAAAUUGCGUUUGGCAAAUUUGGGGAAUAUUUAAUGGUUUUCCUAAUAUUUCAUGAAACUGUCUACAAUUUUGACAGUUCUACUUACAGGGGAUUGUGCCGAAGAAAAGUUUUUUUGCCACUUAAUUAUGCUGUGUGUAUACGCAUCUAUUUUCUGCUACUAAUAGUCUAAUACUAUACACUGAGGGAGUGAAAAUGAAUGCGCAAUGGCGAAAAUAAUCUGGAAUAAUCUGGAAGUUAUCAGUCAUUGACAAUUAAUUGAGUUUCCCCCAAAAUUCUUCGUAUAGAUGACAAAGUGGAAUUUAUAGUGCCAUCUGUGCUCCAUAUUUUCUGAAGCGUAGAAAAACAAAAGAUCCGAAUUUGUGACCAUUUUUAGCUUUCUAGUUUCUGUUAGAGUAAUAUUAGGGAGCUUUUAAGCAAGCGACUUUUGUCAAAAUGGACUUCAGAUUACCGGGGGGGGGGGGAGUUUGUGGUAGUCUUGAACACAUAUGACAAAACAUAAGAUUUUUAAAGUUUUUUGCUUCCUUAUACGAGCGCUAUGAGGCAAUAAAUGCCACCAAAUUUAGUUCUAUACCAAUUUUCGAGUGACGUCGUCCCGACUCGUCCGUGUUGACAGAAAUGUCGCUUGCUACGUCUAUAUGACCCUGUGUUGAGUAUUGGGCUAUUGAGUAUUGCGUAUCGUACUAGCGUAUGCCAGCGUAUGGAAGAUAUCACCAUUAUACGCUGGUAUACGCUAGGCUAGGAGACGUUAAGCCCAUUUUCCCACUAGGUGAAUUUGUUCGCGCGAACAGUAAAAAAGUAGCGGAACUGUGCAACUUUUUCGCGGCGAAUUUUUUCGCUGACCAAUCGGCAAUCACAUUCCCAAGAUUUGUUUUUCGCUUCGCGCGAACGAAUUCGCCCAGUGGAAAAUGGGCUUACGGCAUAGGUUGUAUGCGCUUCGAGCACGGUGGCAUACGCAUGGAUACGUACGGCGAGGCAGAAUUUUUUUCUUAAGCAUGCUUAAAAAUUUUGUGCCUAUGCAGAUGUACGGUUUAUACGCUACCCAUACCUUUCUCUUAUACUAGCCUCGCUAUUGUGCGUAUUUUCCUGAGGUUUUAUUAAACUUGUAUUAUAAAAUAACAUGUAUAUAUCGCGUGCUCUGAUUGGUCAAGAAAAGCGCGCAAAAUCACUCGCCUUAGGCUCGUGUUUCGCGCGCUUUUCUUAACUCUCGCAACAUUCCCGCGUGUUUGGAUCAGGCCAUCCAAACACGGAAACCAUAAAGUAAUUGUAUUUAUAAAAUAAGAUGUAUAUAACGCGUGCUCUGAUUGUCUGAAACCCGUGUUUGGAUCAGGCCAUCCAAACACGAAAAUUUAAAGUGCCUUCGCGGGAAUUUUAAACCCUGUUGUUAUUUUAUAAAACAAUUCGGCUCGUGUUUCGCGCGCUUUUCUCAACUCUCGCAACAUUCCCAAGUGUUUGGAUCAGGCCAUCCAAACACGGAAACCAUAAAGUAAUUGUAUAUUCUGACAAACGGGUUACUAUGACGUUUUUAGUAAAUGUUGGCGGGCAACAACAGUGGCGACAAGACAGAUGGUGCCGUGCAACGUCAGAAAUGAGUGACAUUUGCAAGGGCCACCUCAAGUGCUUAAAAUUUACUACAACUUUUUAUUCAAUAAAUGGCAUGAAAUAAAAGUCUACUACACUUAUAAGAAAAUAAAUUUCUCUAUCUGUUGACAAUCAUCGAUUUGGUACAUGAUAGAUUUAGUGAAAAUUCAGGGGUGACGCUAGAGUGGGGUGUACGUAUGGGGGUGGAACACCCCCUCCACUCAUGAAUGAGUCGACAAAUUGUUGCAUUCAUUCGGUAAACAAUGAGCUGUUUGGAUAUGGAGCAAAUUAUCGAAUUGAAUUAUCUGAAUUAAACCCAAACGUGAAUUUAAAUAUAAAACUUAAUCUUGAAAAUGUGCUCUAUCGAAUCGUAGUGGGUUAUUUCAAGUUGUUUUUUUGUUACAGCAGUCAUGACUGUUGGUGGAUUAAGAAUAGUUUCAAUCGUUGAGGAAGUCAUUUGAAAUCUUCCCCCAAAAGGAGGAAACGCCAUUUCAGAGACUAUAUAGACUUCAAUUUUUUCGUGGGAGCAUGUCUCCGGACCCCCAUAGAACUUUAUGUAGUUAAAAACAGUCAAGUUUGUCAAGACGGAUCUGGCAGUUUUUAUUGUGAAAGCGGAGACAUUUUCGUAGUCGCUUCGCGCGAAUAAAUUCGCCUGAUGGAAAACAGGCUUUAUUUGUGCCAUUUGAACCGUAUCACUUUGCAAUAUUGACCUAUUCUCGAAUUUACAAUUUUAGUUUUGGAUUGAAAAUAGAAAGCUGGCUUUUACAUCUCAUGACGUUAUAUAAGUGAUGUCUUAUAAUAAUAAACCUGUUAAACUGGUCACCAUUCUGAUUAACCCUUCCAGUUUAUUCUGGUUCUGAGUGGACGAACGGUCUUGUAUACAGCCUCUCCCUUACGUCAUAAAGACGUAAAAUUGCCAAGCUGGACAGUUACUGCGCAUGUUAAAAAAUGUUCGCUCGUCUGUGUGGGCUCAAUCUCGUAACCCAGAGCAAUGCCUGUGCGCGGGCUAGGAUGGCAUUGGCUCUGGGGAAAUUGAAUUUUUGUUGUGCUGUGAUUGGUUUAACGUUUAUCAAUCGUGCAUGCCGACAAAGAACCGGAACCCCUAAAUUUAGGGGUUCCGGUUGUCAAUUUCCCCAGAGCCAAUGCCAUCCUAGCCCGCGCACAGGCAUUGCUCUGGGUACGAGAUUGGUGUGGGCUAUAAAGCAGCGCUAUUAAGCAGGCGUUUUGGCGUUUCAAUAAAACUCCUAGGAGCUUUGCAGGCUAGAAGAGGGCCUGAAAAACAAAACAAAAAAUUGCGAUUAUAUUUCUGAAAGGGAAAUAAUCAGUAGUUACUUUUUGCAGGCUUGUACGGCGUCAAAAUCAAUUGGACUAUGAAAAAAUGUUAAAGGGUUUUUGUUCAUGACAAUUUCAAGCGAAUUUUAUAUACAUGAGGGUCCUGAAGGGGUAAAAUGGGAACUGGGAUUGAUCUAUUUUUAGACUGGGUAAAUGGGAUUUGGGUUGCUGGGACUGGGAUUUGGCCACUGGGAAUGGGAAAUGAAGUCCUCAAAAAUGGGAAUGGGUUUGAGGUAAUGUGAGUCAAUUCCCAAUUUUUCUACGUUUUAAGUAUUUUAAAAUACAAUUUUGAUCCGUUUUUGGUGUCUUUGGUCAUGAUUUUUGUUGUUAACUAUAUUAUUCACAGCAUUACCUACGAACAGGCAUACUCUGGCGCCCGGAAUUCUGGGUUUUCUGAUUAUGCGUGUCUCAGAAUGCUGCAAAUGCCAUUUCCGGGAUUCAAAUUUAAAAAUUUUCCGUGCCUUCGGCACGAGCCCCCCCCCCCCCCAAAUUUCAUAAAGUGUGCGCCACUUGCACACACGAUGGCUUAAAACUCUUAAAACUGUUUAUUGUACUGAUAAAUAAAGGUUUUUUUAUUGACUGGGAUUUCAAUAACUCGGACUGGGAUUUCUAAUAAAAAUCCAACUGGGACUGGGAUUUUGCCAAAAUUUCAGGUGGGAAAUGGGAUUGGGACCCCCCCUUCAGGACCCUCAUACAUCGAUAUUUAGUUGACAAGGUUUUGGCGGAUUGAAUGCCCUUUUGGCGGUUGAAUGCCCUUUUGCGAAAUAAACAGAUUUUAUUGUCCUUUGUUUUCUGUUUUAUGCCUGCCUGCAUGUUCAUACAGAGACAAAAUUUCUCGAGAAAUUUUAUCAACCCAGACUUUGAAAACUUGUCAUACACGGAAGUGACGGAACGAAAGUUGUUUAAAAUCAAUUGACAUUUUUUAUUUUUUAUAUUUCUUUAGAAAACAUGUUUUCGAUAUUAUUGCCCGUAAUUCUUCUCAGUUUGACGAGCUGUUCUUUCGCAAGCAGUAAGUAGGACUUCACUAUAUCAGUAAAUCUACUAAAUCAUACAACCAUACUGUACCAGACCAUACCAGACCAUAUCACACCAUACCAUAAUUACAUCAUACUUCAUCAUGCCAUAACUAUACUUGAGUGCCCUUUAAUUUGUUUUUCAUUUACUCACCCAAAAUUUAAACUCUAUUUUUUUUCAGAGAAUUGCUCAAAAACCUAUACAGUCAAUAAGUACAAGUACCAAAAUUACGAACACAAGGAGGACACAGAGGAAGUUGUAUGCUUCAGAGUUGAUUCCGGACGUGUUCGAUUGAGAUUCGGUUUUGCGAUGUGCGAUUGGGACGAUUUUCACGACAAGCCCUACGGCUACGACCAUAAUUACUACGACUCACUUCAAGUUUAUGAUGGCUGCAAUACGACGGAAAAUGAAUUGAUGGGGGAAAAAGUUCACUGUAGUAAAUGUUGCAAAUAUCAUCCGUUUUGUGACAGAGAAAUUAUAUGGACGUCCAAGAAAACAAGCUGUCUUAAAGUGGUUUUUCAACGUAAUUUAAGAGGCAAACAUCGUUCUCUUCGGUAUGGUAUGGCAAAUGUCAAAGACAGAGAUAAGAAAGGUGAGCCACAAGCAUGGUUCGAAUUAAUCAAAUAGUGAAAAUUGCACAUCAUUUUUCCAAAGAUGUGCAAAAAAAUCAGACUUGGAGACUAUUAGUGAACAACCAUCCAUAUUUAUAGAUUUAAACAAAGCCAAUCUGUUAUCUUAACAUACUGUAACAUAACGGCAAGUCCAGCGAAAGCCAACCACGGGCCCCGGGACAAAAUGAUGAUUGGUGAACACGGGCCCCCUCUCCCUCUCGGCUCUCCUGUUGGCUAUUUUUAAUCGCAAUCAACGAGAAAAUUGCCAGCGAAUUACUUGUAAGAAAUCGCCGCAUAACUAAUAAAAACGCAAUGUGAACGAUAUUCAGUUGACUGUUUUUGCUGAGAAAACGAUCGAAAAAUCGUUUAUUUCACAUUUGGUAUGUUUUACGAUCAAUCACGACGAUCAGCGGAUAGUGUGCAAGUAGGCGUAUUUCAUUUAGGACAAACAUAUAGCGAUGAUAAACGAUACGAACAUUUUCCCGCGAUUUCCGGGCCCCUCUGAGCACUCCGGGCCCCGGGUAUUUUGCCCCCCCCCCCUCUCGCCGGCCUUGCAUAACGGCUUAUUGACUGAGCGUGAGGUCUGUACUGUGAAAUAUCAGACUGAGGUUUUUUAGUUUUUCUACUGUACAGACCGAACAAGCGAGGUCAAUAAUCGGUUUAUUAUAUUGCUGAACCGAGUCUGUGAGCAUAUGCUUUUCGCGCGAAUUAAAUCGGUUAUCGUCAGUUUCACUGGGUAACAAUAUACGGUAGGCAUGCAUGCUCAAUCAAAAACAAUUCGGUUGUUUGAAAUUUUUAUCUGUAAAUUUUAAUGACACACAAUUGGAAAAUUAAAAAGCAAACUUUUUUUCUGUUUGCAAAGCAAAAAUUUCCCGCCAGAUAAACGACAUCCGGGACACCAGAUACGGAAAAUACGGACCACGGUCCGGAUAUGGGUUUUCAUGGACCGCUUGUCAAUCAGAAUAGAGAAUUUUGAAAAGUCAUAUAAUAAUAAUAAUUUAUAAACGAGUGCUUUUUCAUGCACAUUUCUAGCAGCAUGUUUGCAGACUGGAAGGUGUCCAAUUUUAGCCACUAAGACAGGCAAACUCAUGACUGACUAAUGUUAAAAUUUCCUUAAUUUCGCCACAGGCCGUCAGGCCCAGACCCCGGAAGAACUUCGUGUCGCCUGCGGGGCAGACUAAAUGACAUUCAUAUUUUAUUUGUCGAUUUUCUGCGACAGCUACUCUCGGCAGCUGAGUCGCUGAGUUGUCGACAGCUAUUUCGGUAGUGGUACAGAUGGUCGACCAUCCUACAGUACAUUUUUUCAAAUUGGAAAAAAGUGUCCGUCUUUUAUGGAAUGAAAGUGCCCUAGACCUAUACUUGUGACUUUUGCCUCAGAUCGUAAAAUAUGGUGUGGCAGAGAAAACUAAAUUAUUCCCUGAUCCCUAUUGCACCAGAAUAGUUUCGAAUCUUGUAGUAUGAAUAGCAUUAAUAUUCAAUCGGUGUAUUUAUAUUAUGUACAUAAUUUUACAGCGCACCGGCGGCAGUGGUGGCCUAAUUGUCGAGGUAUGUAUAAAUAUUAUUACCUCGAAAUACUGGCCUAUGAAAGAUAGAAUAAUUUAUUAAUAAGUUUCGGCAACUAUUUUAAAUAGAACAAUUCAGAGCCGUGCCUUUUGGGAACGCUAUUUUCAGAGGAAUUAAUGUAACGGAGAGAUGUUGCUUCGCUCAGCUUCUGAACGUUGUACAUAUUCUCCGUAUUAAUAGACCUUUCCCCUUAAAAAGUGAAAUUUUGAUCUAGAUAAGUCUGGACAAAAAUUUCAUCACAGCUUGAAAGAGCAUCACAAAAUUAGUAAUAUUCCGACGUUUCGUGGCGAAAUGUUGUAAAAUGCGGAUAAUAUAGCCUUGCGAAGUUUGCCGUUUUUCAGUCAUUUUGCAUUACAAACGGGAAAUUCAUAAUCAGAUGAUCAAACUGAUUAUCAAUUUCCCGUUUGUAAUGCAAAAAAUGACUGAAAAACGACAAACUUCGCAAGGCUAUAUUAUCCACAUUUUACAACAUUUCGCAACGAAACUUUGGAAUAUCACUAAUUUUGUGAUGCUCUUUCAAGCUGUGAUGAAAUUUUUGUCCAGACUUGUCUAGAUCAAAAUUUCACUUAAAAGGGGAAAGGUCUAUUGGUUAUUCGGACAAGUGCUUCUUCAAGUGCUAUCCGGUACAGGGGCGGCGCUAAAGGGGGGGGGGGGAAACCCACCAGUCGUGUGGUAUAGUGGUGGGCAAAAUAGCCGUGAAUCCUAUUCGGCAAAUUGUAUUCGUAGUCAGUAAAACAUAAAUUUGAUAAAAAAAUUUUGAGUGAAACAAAUUAAAAAUUAAUAAUUAUAGCUAAAAGUUUCAGAAAUUUACAAAAAUAUGAAGGAAAAAAUGAAACAUUAAAGGAACAAACGAUACGUUAACCUCAACCCCCUGGUCACAAUUUUGGAAGAAAUAUUAAUUAGUGCAUGAUUGAAAUAACUCGGCAAAAUUCUCUUACCCCCCCCCCCCCCUCCCCCUUCAAAAGCUGUAGGGCCGCCUCUUAUCCGGUAUGGUGUAAACGUGAUCUAUGGUGCAAGGGGAAAUCUUAUUGAAUACGUACUGGUAUUAACUUAUUAUUAGGAUAACAGCUUGUUCUUAGACCUUUUUUGUCCUCAAAAUUUUUUUCCAAUCAAUGCCGAAAUUUGUCUGACUAGAUUGGCUACAAGUAAUCAAGUAUCGGAAGCUGAAAAGUAAGUGUCCUCUUUUUUCAAUGGAUGCCCCCACCCCUUCACGUUACUUCCGGCACCCCUGAUAGUGACUCAUCUGCCACCCCUGAUCGUCACUCAUCUGCCUUGGCAGAAUAUAAUCAUGGCCAACUCUAGCUUAUUUCUAGUUUGACGGCAUGCAAUUAGAACUUAGUCUUAAUAGAAGUCUAUAACUUGCUGUUGUGGGUGAACUUAAUAUCACUAUAUUUAUAUAGAUGAAUAUAAACCACGUCCAGCUCCACCCCCAUAUCGUCGUCCACGUCCACGUCCAGCUCCACGUCCUCGUCCUCCCCCUCCCCCACGUGAAGGUAACGACAUUUGAUUCUCGCUGGAUAGUUCUUGUGUGUGAAAUAUUAUGAGAAAAAAUAUCAAUAAGCCCGGAUGAGAGUGCACGAGUGUUGACAGUCACGUGAACUUGGGUAGCUGUUCUUAAUGCUUUCCCAACACUAUCAUGUAUUCUAUUUAAGUUAAAACAUAGUUGGAACACUCCAUGACUACAGCCAACCCUCAUCAAUUCUCAUCCUCGUUUGACCGAGCCUAUAGAUAGUUUUGCUCGAUACUUGUAAUUUGUAAUUGUACCCAGGGGCGCCGGAGCCACGGGAGCAGCUGCCCCCUUGCCUAAACAGUGCGGGGGCAGCACGGGGGCAGCAGGUUGCCUUUUUUACCAGAACUGCACUUCGAACGUCGUGCGUUUUUCACAUGAAUUGAAAUUGAAAACUGUUUUUAAACAAUUUAGUUCAUAUUUGAAUCUGAAUUCCUCUCAGAAACGUUACCAAUCAGUUUCCACCUAUGAAAAAAGGGGGAAAAGAAAGCCUUCCUAAAUAACUGACAACUGUCAUGUUGCUUUACAAUACAUUUUAGUCUUUAGUGCCAUGCAACGAAUAAAAAUGUUCCAAUCCAUGCCAAAAUUUCUCUAACUGUAUUAGCUACAAGUAAUGAAGUAUCCGUUAUACAGCAAAAUGUUAACGAACAUUGCCCCCCCCCCAAAAAAAAAAAAAUUAGAGUAAGUGCCCUUUUUAAAUGGCUGCCCCCGCCGCUUCAUGUUGCUUCCGGCGCCCCUGAAUUUGUACCAACUAUAUCAUUUCACAAAAAUAACGUAGAUUGCAUUAAACUAUAGUGGUGAGGAAAUCCAAAUUGGAAACUAACGAGAACAAGAGUCGAUGUGUUGAGAAGUGAGAGUUUGCAUCAGAGUCGAUGUCUCGGUCAGACGAGAACAAGAAUUGAUGAGAGUCGAGAAGCGAAACUUUGCAUGAGAGUCGAUGAGUCGGUCAAACGGGAAGACGUUUGCAUGAGAGUCGAUGUCCCAGUCAAACGAGAACAAGAGUUGCAUAAGAGUUGAUGAGAGUUGAGAAGCGAAAGUUUGCAUGAGAGUCAAUCAAACGAGAACAAGAGUUGCAUGAGAGUUUAUGGGAGUCGAUGUUACUGCGCGAUAGGGAAAAUUCUCAUCAACUGAAGUCAAUGGGAGUCGAUAAGAGUUGGGUGAAACGCGAGGGAGAGUUGCAACUCUCAUCAACUCUCGUGCAUUCUCAUUUGACUGGGGCUUUAAUUAUGAAUUUUACUUUCUCUAGAGACGAAGAAUUUUAAUGACCUACAUGGAGCAAUAAGGUCUCCCAACUAUCCCGGGUACCCACCAAACUUGGAAUAUGCUUACAUAAUUGAACUGCCCGAAAAAAAUAAGAGAAUUCAGCUCACGUUCAGGUAAGUAUUGUUUAUAGUAUGCUGUUUAAUACGAACUUUACAACACAUUGCUGUUUAUUUGUUUAUUUAUUAUUUAUUAGCUUACAAUCAUACAAAAGUGCUAUAAAAUAUAUAACAAUGAUUGAAGGUAUGGUCAACAGGACAUGAGUCCCAUGUGGGGACCAACCUGAUACAAUACAAUAAGUAGACAUACAUUAAAGACAAUGACUAGAACACUAUGUACAUAGUAACUAUACAAAAAUUAACAGGUUAGAUUAUGAGCAACAGCUUAAGUUUAAAUUUAGAGCAGUAUGUUUUCCAAGUGCCCCAAAAGGAUGAAACAUGCAGACGAACUGUUACGAAUGAUCGGAGAGAGAUUGUUCCAUAGCAAGACAAAAUUUUUCGGUUAAAAGAAGAGUUUCCAAAAAGAGAGGUUUUGCACGGAUUGACCUGAAGGCUGAAGCAAGUUGUCCUUGCUUGAACGGGUGCGAGACGAGCGAUUAUCUAUCAUAUAUUAUAUCAUAAAAGGUCUUUUUACACUCGUAACUUUUGUUGCGAUUUCUAGUGCACUUUUCGUCUUCUGAUGCAUGUGAACGAGUAGAUGAAUGUUCUGAGUAUAUGAAUAUUGGUAAUAAAGACAGAAUAUGUAUUUGUGUGCACUGUGCACGUGAAUAGCUUGUUUAUCUUCUCGUUUUAGAGUCGUAGAUCUUCCGAGACGGGAGAAUGGUGAUUGCAAAAAAGACUACAUUGAAAUUUAUGACGGAAUCACAACUUGGUCAACAGUUACAAAAACAAUCUGUGGAAAUGAAUCCAUCUAUCAACCUAUUAUAUCCAAAAGUUAUAAAAUGAAAGUAAAGUUUAUCGCCGAUAGGGUGAAAGGAAAAAACAGAGGAUUUGACGCCACGUAUGACCCUUAUCAGCCACCUAGAGGUGAGAGUUGACCCACUACAAGUUAAUUUAGCCUAAUGGAUUUUUCAGUUCACCAUGUUCUUAACAAGUGCCCUAAAGAGAGGCCGUCACCCCCCUGAAAACAUAUUGAAAUUUAAUAUUCCAGGGGGGUGAAUGCCUCUGCAUGUUGGGCAAAGCAGUUGAAGUCAUCUGAGGUAAUCAAGAUAGAAAAGUUCACGAUUUCAUGGCAGAUUGAUUGGUGACCACGCCCUUUUGUCGGGCAAGAACUCACACCUCCUAAAAUGUACAGUCAAGUUGCGCCCCUGAAGAACUUAACAACUCUGUUAUAUUUCAGUGACAAACGUGAGCCAGAAGGUUACUGGAGUAGUGAUUGGAACAGCGUGUGGUUUGGUGUUUCUCGUUCUAACCUUCCUGGCAAUCUGUCAUUCUCGAAGACUGGCCGUGCUACGAAGACAUUAUGAUGACCAAUCACUUAAUGGCGAUGAUGCAAUAGAGGAAAAAGCUCCACCAACCUAUUACGAUGGUACGUAGGAACUUGCCUUUGGGGUUAGGGGCGGAGAGCAGGGACGUAACUAGCGAUAUCUGGUUGGGGGAGGGGGUGAACUGAAAAGUUUGGGUCCCCUUCCUUUCGGGGCCCCCUCAAAAAUGUUUUCCGAGGUCGACGUUUUCUUGCGAAAAUAAACGUCCCAAAAAAUUUUCCCAAACAUUUUUUGGGAUGACCUCAAUUUUUCACAAUAUUCCUUAAUAUUUAACACGUUCCGCAAUUCCAGCAUUUCGGGGGCACCCUCUGGGAAAAUUGGACCCCCUUCCUUGACUUUUCUUUUGGGGUGGGGGGUGUUACACACCCCAGUAGUUCCGGCGCUGGGGGGGGGGGUUGUCUAUAACCUGGUCGAUAUUCGAGAAUGCCUGUAUCAUUCUAUUUGCAAGAUAGUUUCAUUAAUGCUGACCAGAAUAAUCUCAGUUAUUCUCAGUCAUUGCUUGGGUCAUAGCACGGUUAGGUCAUAUCCACAAAACCAAGAUAAUGAAGAUGCCAUGUUGUUACAAAACUCUUCCGAGUAUAAAUCGUACUCUUCAUGUUCUAUUUUGUUCGUCUGGACGGUUCAGAACAAUAGACAUUUGUUAACGGUAGAAGGGUUUGAAGAUGGAAUGCAACUCUGGCAGGAAUGGAAUCUGCGCCCUGCGAUUCCGGCGCAGCGCUCUAACCAACUGAGCUACAGAGGCGGUGCAACACUGCAACGCAUUGACAACUACAAAAUGUGCAUCAAUCUCUAAAGGUCCAUACACACCGGACGCGAUUCGACAACGCGACGCGAUUUUUUAGUUUUUGAAAGUUAAUAAAACAGCCAAUGAGAACAAAUUUUGAAAAAUAUGUAGACCAAAUAACUCAAAAUGCACUACCGCUUCUACAUAUUUGGAAAAUUUAAACUAGAAUCAAAGUUAUCGGUCAGUGAAAAUCGAAAAAUCGCAUCGCGCUGUCGAAUCGCGUCUGGACCUUAAUACUUAUGCUCAAUAUUUUACUGCUAGCAUGUUCUAAACAAUAUUUAUUUCCUUUCAGUGAUGAACUCGCCUGAAAAUUAUCCACUAACCCCGCCUUCAUCAAAACGCAAGGAACAUCACCUCGCUGGUACACCGCAGAACGAAGCGCUGCCUCGUUAUCAGGAUCUUUUUCCCCUCGCAGAACCUGGGCAGGAGCAGCAGAGUGCUGACGUUGCAAGUCACAUGUCCAGAGAUGUCGAAGGAGUCCAGCUCACGCGUGAGAUCAAGGGAAAUGACGUCAACGAAAGUGAGGAUCGUGACGUCAGAGAUAUCGACUCAGGAAGUGAUGUCGGAGAAAGUGGCGACAGAGAAAAUGACGUCAGCGAAAAUGAUGAUAAAGGUGUUGAUGCCAGAAGAGAAAGUGAUGCCAGAAGAGGAAGUGACGUCAAAAGAGGAAGUGACGUCAGAAGAGAAAGUGACGUCAGAAGAGGAAGUGACGUCAAACCAGAAAGAGACGUCGGUGAAGGUGAUGACGUCAGACAAGGAAGUGAUGUGAAAAUUGCAAUGGGUGAGUUCAACGUCGAUGCGGGUGGGGUCAAAAGAGAAGAUGGAUCCGACACAGUCGCAUAUCAAGAAUAUUCCCGAGCAAUUACCACCGAUGUGUAGACAUUAUUAGUAAAACACACGCACCCAAGCUUGCUUCAUCACAUUCACCUGUACAAUUUUUAAGAGAUAAUUCACAGCACGAUUAUAGCCGCAAUUGAUUUGUGGCUUCUUUAUAUUGUAUAUACUUGGAAUUUCAGUUGUACCACGCGAGGUAGUUUGCAAUCUUAGUUUACUGCAAUGAAUAAUAUGACAACUGCCACGUAAGCAAAUUUGCAUAUUUUCGGACAACUUUUGUGGCAUGCUAGUAAAAAUAUUUAUAAAAUAACAUGUAUAUAACACGUGCUCUGAUUGGUCGAAACCCGUGCCAUCCAAACACGGAAGACUAUCGUGUUGUUAUUUUAUAAAACUUCGGCUCGUGUUUCGCGCACUUUUCUUAACUCUCGCAACAUUACAUUCCCGCGUGUUUGGAUCAGGCCAUCCAAACACGGAAACCAUAAAGUAAUUGUAUAUUAUAUGUGUGCGAACUAAAAAGCGAAAUAAACAUAAAGGAAAGGACAAAUCUGAUCAUUUUUUGUAUGGGAAGAAAUUUUAGAUGUACGUUGUCAGUCCAAUAAAAUAACGCCUGGUCGUAUCGGCAGGAAAAUAUAUAAGCAUGUAUAUUUUUAUCAAUGCGGGCAUUGUACGAGUGUUUUGUGCGUGCUAAAUCGACAAAUAUUCAAAUGGCAAAGAGAUGUGCUUUAGCACAUUACAAUAUCAAACAAGGUUGAAGAAGAAUAACGGAACAUCACUAACUUUGAAACGGAACAUCGCCAGCUUUGUAAAUGCUAAAAAUUCAACUGGAAAGGACAAAAAUUUGCCAAUUUGGUAUAGACGCAAGUUGCCCAGUGUCUGUCCAGAUUUUUAGCUUUGCUAGUUGGCUGUGUGUGUUCUUGCUAUUUUCUGUAUAUUUUUUACCUUUGAUCAUCGAUCCAUGUUGAAUGAAUGACUUCAUCCGAGUUAGCUGUAGUAAGUGCAGGAUCGUGUAUUCUCGAUUUGCUGCUCUUGGUCGGUAUUUACCGAUAACAUGAAACGCGCGUGUGUAGCUGUUUGUCGCACCGACAUUGUGGCAUUCCUUCAAUUUUUUAGCCUUUGGAAAGCCAUAAAACGACACCGAUGUUGCGUCACUCUUAUAACUUUGCUGGACAUUGUGAGUCACAUACAUGUAAAGCGUAUCUUUUUUCCAUUUGAAUAUUUAUGGCGCAGAACUACUCUAAUAUAAAUAUCUGUACGUGCGACCAGACAUAAUUUUCAUUCGAUAGAUGACACUGACAAUAUCUUAGAUUACUUGCUAUCCUAAUAAUUAUUGGAUGCGUCCUUUCUUUUAUGAUUUUCUGCCUUUUUAGUGCGCGCGCGUAUAUAUAUAUUUUUACAAGUAGAUUACAAAAGUUAUCGGAAAAUAUGCAAAUUUGCUUACGUGGUAGGGUCAUAUAACUCAUCGCAGUAGAGGUGCAGGUGGAUUAGAUAAUGUAAUAAUGUACAUAGAUAUAAACAUUUUAUAGACGACAUUUACAGUAUGUAAGUCGAAGCUCUUAUAGAUUUUGAACUUCAAUGUGAAGGUGCACUAUUAUCAUUUCAUAGAAUAGAACAGACAAAACAUUAGAAUUAUCGUAAACAAGAGUCAAUUGUCUCAAUUACACAAUCGAUAAUAAAUUAAAAUUUAACAUUGUAAAGCCAAAGUAGGCGUAGUAAAUGAACG